AUGAUAGUGGCCUUGCUGUUCCAGGCUUCCAGCCAUCCUGUUUCCAGAAAUGGUAUUGCUUUCGUGUUGUGGCCUUUCCGAUUCCUGAUGUACGCCGUGGUUAAUCUGGGUCAGGUUCUGAUUGCGAAAUAUAUUUCGCUCACUCUUGCGGACUUGGAACUGUUUCCUGCACAACUCUUGCAUUCGACGAGCCUCGUGGCUCCCCGGCGGUCAGAACAGGACGAGCAACCAAGGGACCGAGGCACCGAGUCGACGGAGACCGAGCGUCUCGUCUGCUCGUCUCCUGCUUCCGCCGCCCCCCAACUCCGCGGCAACUCCUCUUCGUCUCCCCCGGCCGCGGGCCUUCUCUGCCCUAAUCUCGCCGGAUACGGCGCUCCGCCGGCAACCGCUCGCCGCAGGCCCGCACUACCUCUGCUCCAGAAGCCAGCUCGCCGCCGCACCACUGCAGUUACCUUGCAAAGGUCAAAUUCCGCGAUGAAUGCGACUCAGAGAGUUGACCCUAAGAUUGCUCAACAAGCCUCACAAUUCAAACGAUGGGGGCGGAAACAUCCAUUUGUUCGAUAUGGUCUUCCACUCAUUUCUUUGACAGUGUUUGGUGCGGUCGGUCUAGGUCAUCUUAUACAGGGAGGCAAAGAGGUAACAAAGGAAAAGGAGGAUAUAGAAUGGGAGGUCGUAGAGACAACAAAAGCUCUGAGCCGAACAGGGCCUGUGGAAGGGGCCUAUAAGCCUAAGAACCUCUCACUCGAGGAUGAACUGAAGGCUUUGCAGCAAAAGGUGGACAUAAACAGCUACGACUACAAGAGAAUUCCGAAACCAAAUGAAAAUAAGUGAAGCAAAGCGUCGUUACCAUCCCGAAUGGGAAAUUGCUUUAAAAGCUUUACAAGUAGUUUAUUGGUGUUGUUUCUUCACAAUUUCAUUCGGAUGUUGUUGUUGGAGUGUCAAAAUGAGACAGGGAAGCCACUAACAUCAGACCUUUCUGCUUUGUCGGCUACCUCCUAUAUAUAAGGAGCUAGGUUGAGGAUCCUUGAGCCUGUAGGAAUCAGUGUUUGUAGCGACAGGAGCCAGGCAUGGCAUACCUUUGAGAUUUUGUGGCCAUCAAAUAUGGACUCAUCAAGGGGGCAAUAAAUUGGUGCAGAGUAGAUGUUAGCAAUCAGAUUUUGUAUAACAUUUCUUGGAAGCGAAUUAAGAUGCAUUGCGAUCAAUUGUUGCCUUGUUGUCCAAACGCUAGACAAAUGGGAGGGAAGUUUGUAUUCAUACAUAUACAUAUCUAUAUCUCUUUCCAUUACUAUUAAGAUGCGUACAUUGAGUGCUCCA